CUAUAUAUUUAUUUUUGUUUUGACAACGACAUUUUUCGUAUUUCUGCGGUCUCAAAAAACAGUCCGCAUGCGCGUAGCCCAAGACGCACUAAAACAUUCAUGGCGGAAACUAGCAGCGAUAAGGCACGAUUAGUUGAGAACCAGCAUUAUGAUGAAACUGUUUCAAUCUAUGAUGAUGAAGAAGUAGCAAGUACUUUUACACCAAGUCCAAGAGCAGCACCAAAUCCAGACGCAAAGCAAAGAAUGACAGGCCAAAUGAAGGAACCAAUAAUGGGAAGUGAUGAUGAUGAUGAGUUUGAGCAUGAUGAUGAAGAUUUUAACAGAACAUCUGAGUCGAAAAAGAGUAGUGAGGUACAACAGAGACCACCAUCAAAACCACAACAAGGGGCUAUAAAUUCUAGACCUCGACCACCGGGUGGACAUGUCAUUGAAGCUAGUGAUGAUGACGAUGAUAAUGAUGAUGACCAAAGUGAUAGCACUGAAGAUGAAGAUGAAAAGGUUAAUGAUACUGUAGAAGGAAUUUAUGAUCCUGCUGAUUACGAGCACUUACCAGUAAGUCAAGAAGUCAAAGAACUCUUUCAGUAUAUCACUCGUUACACACCACAAGCUAUUGAUCUUGACUACAAGUUGAAACCUUUCAUACCUGACUACAUUCCUGCUGUUGGAGAUAUUGACGCGUUUUUAAAGGUAACAAGACCAGAUGGCAAGCCAGAAACGUUAGGAUUGCAAAUUUUAGACGAACCGUCUGCAAAACAGUCUGAUCCAACAGUCCUGGAUCUUCAAUUGCGAUCAAUUUCUAAACAAACUAGCGCCAAGCAAGUGGUCGUUCGUAGCAUUGAAGAACCCGAGAAAAACCCGAAAGCUAUCGACAACUGGAUCACGAGUAUCAGCGAUCUUCACCGACAGAAGCCUCCACAAAAUGUCCACUACACUAAAAACAUGCCGGACAUCGAAACACUGAUGCAGGAAUGGCCUCCUGAAUUUGAAGAGAUGCUUAAAAACGUUAACUUACCAUCAGCCGAUCUCGAUUGUGAAUUGACUGAAUAUAUCGAUAUCAUUUGUUCUGUGCUUGAUAUCCCGAUUUACAAAAAUCGGAUUCAGUCUCUGCACGUUUUGUUCACACUGUAUUCUGAAUUCAAAAAUUCGCAGCACUUCAAUCAGCUAGCACAUGAUAACCUACUAUCGAACGAGUUAAAACACUCUCAGCCGCUUAGAAAUCACAAAUCCAUGACGCACAACGAUGGACAGUCGUUAUCAUUCGAAUGAGUUUAUUGUGGCCAACAUAUCGAAUUUUUUAUCUUUUUCGAUUGAUUACUUCAAACACGCAUGAUUGAUUAAACUGCGUUGUUGAGUAAUUAAAAAUUCUUCUUCAAUUUCUAAACAACCUUAGAUUUCACCAUUUGAAUAAUAAUUUUUUUUAUCUCGCUAUAAGAAUGCUGUCAUUGUUAUUUGAUUUUUCUUUUUAAGCUACGAACGUGUCUAGCUACCUUAAAUGAUUAGUUAGGCGCCCGUUCCAAUAGAUACCCACCCUCAAAGUGUACGCCAAAUCGAUUACUCUUUUCUAUCCUGGUAUUCCCUACUCUCGUAAUUGUCACUAGAAAACAAGAAAUGCUCUACUCCUAUUUUAGAAUCUAAUAUAUCGAGACAAUCUUCUGUUCUAGUGAAUUUACUAACAAGCUCUAUUACUAACCCCUGUAAUUAUAUUGUAUAUAUUUUAUCAAGGUGUCUCUAAUAGAAUUUUUUAUCGACACGUGGUUUUGUACAGGAUGAACCCAGUCACAGUAAAUAUAAUAUAUAUAAAUAUGUCAACAA